AUGGCUGGUUUAGUUUUAUGUGAACCAACAGAGCUUUACAAUAUCUUGAAUCAGGUCACAAAACUGUCCAGAUUGACUGAACCCAACUAUCUCUGUUUAUUGGAUGUGCGUUCCAAACGGGAGUAUGAUGAAAGCCAUGUGAUUACAGCCCAUCGAGUAAAGAAGAUGGCAAAUGAAUAUCUUAUCCCAGCGUCUGUGGAUCUAGAGUGUGUAAAGUACUGUGUGGUGUAUGAUAACAAUACCAGGUCCCUGGGGAUAAUCCUAAAAAAUGAAGAUGAUGACAACUCUGACAGUAGUGGAAAAGAACUGGUGCUCGGAGCUGCUGUUGAGUGUGGCAGAGCCAUAGCCCACCUCACCCGCAACCCCAUCCUCAUCCUGAAAGGGGGCUACGAGUGCUUCUCCGCCAUGUACCACUUCUUCCGGACGCAGAAGAUCAUCUGGAUGCCACAAGAACUGGAUGAAUUUCAGCCAUACCCUGUUGAAAUAUUGCCAGGCAGGCUCUACCUGGGCAAUUUCAGGCAAGCCUGCGACCCUAAAAUUCAGAAGGAUUUGAAAAUCAAAGCACAUGUCAAUGUCUCCAUGGAGACAGGACCAUUUUUUGUAGACGAUGCUGACAAGCUUCUGCACAUCUGGAUAGAAGACUCCCUGGAAGCCAGCAUUUUCCCCUUUCUGCGCCACCUCUGUCACUUCAUUGAUAUCCACCUCGAACUUGGCUCUGUCAUCCUGGUAUUUUCCACUCUGGGCAUCAGUCGUAGCUGUGCAGCCAUCUUGGCCUACCUCAUGCACCAGAAUCAGCAGACCUUGAAGAGGUCCUGGGCCUAUGUCAAGAAGUGCAAAGACAACAUGCGUCCAAAUCGGGCCUUGGUGGCUCAGCUGUCGGAGUGGGAGACGAUUGUCCUUGGAGACUUUGUCACAGAUAUCUCAGAUCCACUCUAUUGA